UUUAAAAUCACCCAAAGAAGAAGAGAACACGUUAUCCGGCUGACAGGCCGGUAUAGAACACGUACGUUAACAGUAAAGAAAUACAGUUUUGAUAUAAUUUAUUCCGCAGUAUUUUAAGGCCAUGUCUGGAGCAUUAGCGAGGCUCCUUUUCUACCCAACGUUAGCCUACAAUGUUUUCAUGGAGAAGGUGACGUCGAGACGUUGGUUUGAUCGAGUGGACGACACGGUGAUCCUCGGAGCGCUGCCGUUCAGAUCCAUCACUAAACAGCUGGUAGAAACAGAAAAUGUUCGAGGCGUUAUCACCAUGAACGAGGAGUAUGAGACCAAAUACUUCUGCAACUCAGCUGAGGAGUGGCGGGCUGUAGGGGUGGAGCAGCUGAGGCUGAGCACGGUUGACCUUACUGGUGUCCCCAGCCUGGAGAACCUGUGCCGAGGUGUGGAGUUCGCCUUGCAGCACCGAGGGAAGGGAAGCAGCGUGUAUGUCCACUGCAAGGCUGGACGUUCCCGCAGUGCCACACUCGUUGCUGCAUACCUCAUUCAGUUACACUGCUGGACUCCAGAGGAAGCCUGUCAGAAGCUGGCGUCUAUGCGACCGCACAUUCUGGUGCGUUCGGCUCAGCUGGACAUGCUGAGGAAAUACUACCAGCAGGUGUGUAAACAGUCCAGCUGAGUGAGCAGGACACCGGGUCAGACCUCAUUAUGCUCCCACAGCUGCUGUAACACUGGACUCAGAGCCUUAUACAAUACUCCAUGUCAGAAUGUACACCCACUGAAGACAACACCAAACCGCUUGUAUUUCCCUUAAUGUUUUUAAAUCAAAUCGUCAAGUUUUUACUGGGAAAUGGCAACCUUUUAAUAGGAAAUUCACAACUUGGCAGUAAGCAAAAAUGGCAAUUUGUACAAGUAACAUUCAUUCACCUUCUAACCACUUCAUCCUCUUGAGGGUCGUAGGGGGGCUGGAGCCUAUCCCAGCUGACAUUGGACGAGAGGCAGGGUACACCCUGCACAGGUCGCCAGACUAUCGCAGGGCAGACACAUAG